CGUCAGCAGUUCUUCUGUGGCACAAACAUCAUGGCGGACGACUCGUCCAAGCUGAAAGCAAAAAUAGCGUUCCUGACGGAUCUCAUCAAAUCCCAUAAACAGGCAACAUCACAUGUAAGCCAUGUUUCUUCAAUUAAUAAUAACAUAUCAAAUAAGAGUAAAAGCUCAUUUUCUUGGCAAAAACCUAAACAGCCAGGUGAAGAAAAGAAGCGACCAGCAACAGGCCCUCCCCACAACCAUUCAUAUAGUCUGGAUCGAAGGAAGAUGACCAGUGUCAGUUCAGGUUCAAACACCACAGUGACUGGGUUGAAUGUUCCUGGCAUUUCUGGAUUGUCUGGGUCAUCUUGGACUACAUGUGCUAAAGGCACAAAAUCAUUUGCUAACAACAAAGCUAUUACACGACAAAAUUAUUCUAAGUUAUCGACAUCAACCCCAACAAUAUCAUCAAGUACAGUAUCAUCACCUCUGCAGACAGGAUUGCCGCAGAAAUCUUUAAUUUCUCAUCACUCUUCAUCUUCACAGCCAAGCCAUCAAGUCACAGCGAAGAAUCCUUAUGUUUUGAAUAAAAAGGAAACAUUUUGUGUAUCUAUUCCCAAAUCAGCUGUUGCUCAGAAAUCAGCACUGAAGUGGUCAAAGCCAAGUGUAAGCACAGUUUUGUCUUCUGCGAAUAGUAAGAGCCUCUCAGAUUCAGAACUUUACGCUAAGAAAUCAAACUUUCCAAGUACAGGGCAGUUACCAAGUUCAUCAAAUGUUCACCACAAAGUUCCAUCAAAUGUUCCAGGAUCUUUUAAGUGGUCAAAACCAAAGCCAACUGCUUCCAGCAGUCUUGGUCAAAAGAAAAGUACCAAGAAAUCCAAGCCUUCAAGAUCCAAGCUAAAAUGGACCAAACCUAGAGAUUCUGUAGCUUCUGUUGAAGUUGGAAUCAAAAGAAAACUGAAUCCGUUCGUGCUAAGGAAAGAAAAUACUGCUAGUGGCAGUGCUGGUCAGAAACGAGGAAUGCUGAAAACAGCUAACAAAACUAAAUUGAUCAGAGGACCAGUGCAUUCAACGCAAAAGAAAAUACUCCAAAAUCAGACUUCUAGUGUGUGGAGGUCUCAGAGUGCUUUAAAGUUAGACAGGAGGAAAGGUCAAUCAAGAGCUUUGUCAAGAAGAUCCUCUACAGGAUUGAUUGAGCGAUACAGGUUUGUGAGGUCAAAGAGGAAACAAGCUGCUAUUAAAGCUCAGAAGUUAAAUAAAGAAGUGGUUAUUGGAGGUGUUUCAUACAAGACGUCAUCCAAUAAACUCACCAAAGCAAGAACAUCUUCAACUGAGAGGCAAAGUGGUAGAGGCAUGAAAAGUUUGUCAACAAGCAAAAUCGGAAAGUUGACAAAAACCGUUAACAUUCAGGGUGAGAAGUUUCUUAUGGACUCAAAAGGAAAGACUCUCCAGAGAAUCAGUAAAGCUCCCAGACGUGUUUCUACAAAUGAACCAAGUUCUUCUAAAUCAAGUCAAAUGCCCCCAAGCAGAAGGCGAUCAAGUAAUGGACACAUGGUCAUAUUACGUACUCCAACUACGCUGGUUAGAAGUAAAGUCAGCAAUACUCCAAGCAAGAUUCUUGCUAGCCGUGUAUUGAGGCGCAGCAUAAACAAUGCCAGACUGUACAAAAAGAACAAAAAGACGCCAGCUUCACAGCAGUACUGCAUGUUCUACAAUAGAUUUGGAAAAUGCAACAAGCAGGACACUUGUCCGUACAUUCAUGACCCUUCAAAAGUUGCGGUGUGUACCAAAUUUCUGCGUGGUCGCUGUAAAAACGUCGAUGGGUCUUGUCCGUUCUCGCAUAAGAUUGACCGAGAUAAGAUGCCAGUUUGUCAGUUUUUUCUUCGUGGUAAAUGUUCCCACGACAACUGUCCUUAUUCUCACGUCAACGUUAGCAAGAAGGCGGAAGUGUGCGAGGAUUUUCUCAAAGGGUUCUGUUCACGAGGGCAACAGUGUAACAAAAAACACAUCCUUGAGUGUGAAGAAUUCUCAACGACUGGCAAGUGUUCUAAGGGAUCCAACUGCAAACUAAUGCACAGAGCAAGAAAACCUGCUGCAGCACGUAAACGAAAAUCUUCCUCGAAAGAGGAAAACGAGAGCUCAAAACUCUCCAAAUUGGAUUUUACGAGUGAUGAAGGUUUCUUGCCACUUUCAGCCAGCGAUGCAGAUUCGGAGCAAACUUCUACGCUGGAUCCGUUGGAAAAUACAUCAGUAGAAACCAAAGAGAAGGAUGGUAAGAGUGGACCUUCACAUUGGGCUUGAGCAUUUUAGCGUCUGGAUUGAAGUUAGACUUACCUUCAAGUCGAGCUGCGAAAGCCGAGCUCGGAAAGAGAAAAAUGUUUGCGACGCUCACAACUUGAAUGCGAAGAGCGCAAGAUUGAAGAGCGCAAGCUCGACUUGUUUCGCUUGCGAGAACUUGACACGGGCGGAUCCAGGAAUUUCUGAAAUGGGGGUUGUACUACUGUAAUAGCUUUUGACGCCAUUGACGUGGAUGGCGAGCGACGUAGCCGCGAGCUUCUAGGGGGCUUCGAGGUCAUCCCUCCCCGGAAAAAU